UUCUUGGAAACCUUGGUUCGAAGAUCAUCCCUUACUCCUAAAUUACCAAAUCCGGAUCCUUGUCUCUCGAAUCAGACCCGAACCAAUACAAACAGACUACAACAUGCCUCUUGUCCCUGCUGGAGAUGAGACUGGAGACUAUUACAUCAUUGUUGCAGGACUGCCUUGGAAUCUCUCGUGGCAAAAGUUGAAAGACUUUGCCAGGAAUCAACAACCAGAUGGGUCCUACAUUGAGAUCGAUCAUGCUAUGAUCUACCCACAGAACCAGACAAAUGGCUGGGUAAGGGUAAAAGGGAAGGAAAACUUCUUUAGAGCUCUAGGUAUGUCUUCGCGUGUCGUGGGGAUUCUUGCUGAUUUGGAAGCCCAUCUCAAUGGCGGCGAGCUUGAACAUAGGGCCUUGAUUGCGGAUGGCCGUAAUGAGACUGAGCCUGUUAUGCUUGCUGAUCUCGGAGUGACGGCAUCGCCCUCACAACGAGGUCGUAGUGACAGCACCGCCACGGACUAUUCCACAUCCUCUGGGUAUCAGCAGUACACAGGACCGUUGAUGCAACCAUUUUCCCCACAGGAAACUUAUUCCGAGUGGAACCAGCAACCGCAGAGUAACUACUCUCCGGUAUCUCCAGUCUACUCCACUGGUGGCUACUAUCAGCCACCUUCCCCAAUCUACGAAGCUCCCCAAAACGCCUUUGCUGUCAACCAACCUGUGGAGUACUUCAGUGCAGCCCCUCAGCCUACCAUCGUAUAUGCCGGCAACAUGGCUCCAGCUACUCCAAUAUAUAUCCCGCAACGCCAGCCAGUGUAUGCCUGUUUCCCGAUGGCCUUCAACAACAGCGUCAUGUCCCCACCAUCUACAAUGAAGAGCAUUCAACAAGCAACCACAAGUACUGUCAACGGUCCUGUAGUGCAAACUGAAGCACGAAAGGUCAUAAUCAAAGGACUCCCUCGUGAUACAAGCGAAGCGGCCUUGAUCUCCCUAAUCGAUCAGUUCUCUUCUCGAUCCUCAUCCUCACGCUCCAGUCGUCCCUACAGCACUGCAAUCCAGCACGUAGACCUCGCACGGCACUCGGACGGAAGGUUGAAAGGCCAUGCAUUCGUCAUCUUCGAAACCCAUCGCAUCGCCAAGAAAGUCGUCGAAUCCAUCGACGGACGCAAGUUUCAAGGACGCGAGCUGCGAGUCACACUGGCAAAAGAAGGUGUCGAGCCGGCCGAGACCUUCCAACAACCUCAACAACAACAUGGGUACCUGACGCCUGAUUCUUCUGGACGAUUGUCAGAGAGUCCUUCGAUGACGCAUGGGAGAGUGGACGAGAGGCAAGAAGCGGCGUCGAAGGAGCAUCGGGAUGCGCAAUGGAAUGGAAAUGGUGACGGAUCGAGUAAGUCGGCUGCGGGGAAGGAGAGGACAAGAGAGCUUAGCAGUGAAGACAGAGGGAGGAAGAGUCGGCCGAAGAGCAAGGAGCCGACGAGGGGAACACCGGCGGUUGCCGAUGGAAGUGGUAGGAGGCGUCAUUGAGACUUCUCUUCUUGAGCUUGUCGGCCAGGCUGAUAUAUUUUGCUGUUGUCCAGAGGCAGCGGUAUUGUUUCUUUUUUCCCUUACUAGAUUUCCUCUUACCUUUCCUACAUUCUUUCUUAUCAGUAUUUCCAAGGUAAUGGUGCGGUGGCUCUUGAGCGCGGAAAUGGGAACCCAGGCCCUCCAUGUGCUGAUCAAUGAGGUGUAUGAAGUUACUUUGGCGUGUCCGGAGUUGGAUAUUUUUUUUGAGAUAAUCAAUACUAUUGAUAUUGGAGUCCUUCAGAGGGUUUUCUUUCUUUCUAGGCCCCCGAGGCUUUGCGUAGUAGAGGUAAUCCUUCUCUAGAAUCUGGCCCCAUGUCCAUCUAGAGCACGAAACAUCGCAGAAUGUAGUCGGUGCCUGUUUCUCUCGUAGAAGAUGU